GAGUUCCAAAAACUUGAAGAGCGCAUGCGUGCGCUAUUUCUUUCCUUUUGCCUUGGUGCUUUCUUCCAAGCAAGAUGGGUCACCAGCAGCUCUACUGGAGUCACCCGCGAAAAUUCGGCCAAGGUUCCCGCUCUUGCCGCGUGUGCUCAAACCGGCACGGUCUGAUCCGGAAGUACGGCCUCAAUAUGUGCCGCCAGUGUUUCCGUCAGUAUGCGAAGGAUAUAGGCUUUAUCAAGUUGGACUAAGCAAUCUUCCUUGAAUGGCGUAUCCAAGUCACCUGCACAACAAGAGAGACAAUGUUCUAGCUCUUUGUAUAUAAAAUAAAAAAUUUUCAGUUGUGACUUUUAAUGUGAAUGGAAUAAUAAAUUGGUUAUAAAAAAAUCUUGUAAAAAUAUA